AUGACACCACAACAAACCAAGAAAGCCGCAAAGACCAAGCGAGUCCCGCCUAAAGUCAAGCGCAACACCAGAAGCCAUCAAACGCGUACAUCACCACAAAAAUCUCCUUCACAAACCACAUACAUCAAACAAGAAGAAAUCGAAGAAACUCUCCUCCCAACCCCCCGCCACACCACCCAUGCUCACCUCGCACCCACGCAGAAACCCUCUUCCACCACCUCCAAAGUCAAAAAAACCGCCGCCUACCCCAAAACGCCCCUCAACACCACCCACCCCCUCUCCAUGCCAAUAGUCCGAAACAUGAUUCGGCGAGCAGAAUUCCGAGAAUACGUUGCGUUAGGCAUCACACCAUUGGAAGGUAAAAGAAGGGGAACCGUACAAGAGCCUCAAAGCACCACCAAUCUUCUCGACGACGAAGAUCUCGACGAAUUCCUAGCAAAGACAUGGCAAGACUGCCGAAACGACCAGGAAAGCGAGGGGCUAAGAUGGCUUCGGAGGCAGCUAUGGGGUGAAGGGAAAUGGGCAUUACGAACGGAGCACGAGGAAGACGUGCUAUUUGUAGCUUCUGCUUUGGGAGAAGAAGAGUGGCGGGCACUCUGGGCUUGA